AUGACACUUGGAGGAUAUCAACAUCUUGCACUGCCAUCGAAAGUGGCUAGAGUAAAUCGUCUUCGCUUCUAUGGCCAUAUAUUAAGGAGACCGGCAGAUCGCCUUGUUCAACGAGUUUUGAGGAGUUUGUUGGGUUCGAGCUGGAAGAAGCUACUUGACCGAAAGCGGAAGUUCGGGACUAAGGUGGUGAAAGAGGACCUGAGGAUACUCAGCGUUGAUAGGCUGUUCAGGCGAGACGUAAGGCUUCGCAGAAUAUGGAGUAGCGACGAAUGGAUUGAUUUUGUGCAAGUUCUCGCAGAAGAUCGAGAAGGUUGGGCAGAGCUGUGCUCAAGGACGGCACACCACGGCGAAGAUGCGGGUAAUCGCGUCAGGCAAUGA